AUGGUUGCAGAUAUUGUGUUGACGUUGCUAUGCGCCGUUUGCAGUGUAUUAGGAGAUCGACGUUAUAUCGCUAUUCCCGUCGAUAGUAUCGACGUCAUCGAGGUGAAUUCGAUCGCACCUUCGUUAUCAAGAGUAACAAAACAAAUGGAGGCGUAUGUACCAGUUGCUGUAUCAAGCGUUUCCCAUCAAGAUGAUUCCGAGAUACAGCAUUCCGAGCGAUUGGCAGCACAUGUCCUGGACUAUGUUGAUUUCGGAGGACAUACCAGCUCCAAUGGAGCUUUCAGCUGGUAUACUGAUUAUCCGGCUCAUCGUUUGUGAUUUUCUGAAAUAAUAACUUACCGAAACACACAAAUCGAAGAAAACAAAGAACAUCAUGAAACAUUGUGUGACACAUAAUACUAGAAGUUAUGUAUAUAUAGGACAAUGUUUAGAGACCCUCUAAUUAGAAAGCCGCAUUUUGAUUGGUCCGGCAUGUUUUAACAA